CCUGUCUGUUUCAAACAUCAUACAUGUUACAACCAACCCAUGUUCUGAUUUCUCUCUCAUAUUGGAGAACUCCCAUUUCCAGAACCAACACAUUCCAGUGAUCUCUUCAAAGAUUUUUCAAAUUUCAGUCUUACAGGUGAGGGAAAUAUUGAAUCUCUCGAUCCCAAAUCCUAUUCUAUUUGCCAUUUUUGUUUCCAUUUCCCCCUGUUUUCUUGUGAUUCUUGCUGGUUCAGAUCUGUUUACGUGCAUCUUUUGCUUGAAGAAAAAGUUGGUUCAAGUAAAAAAGAUUGGUGGGUUUUGAUUUUCCACUCCAUCUUCAUGGCUCUUGUAGUGUGAUUCAAGAAAUUCCAAAAGCCCAGAUGGGUUUGGUGAGGUAAGUCGAUGUUUAUGCUACAACUAUUGAGGAACUUAGAAAUCUGAUAUCAAAAUAUGCUCGUUCUGAAUCUAUACAUGCCAAACGUAUAUAUUUUUGUCGAUUUGCUCGGAUAGAAAGUCAUUAAUGUGAUUGGAGAUUCUCAAGAUCUCUUUUGUGAAUUGUUCUAGAAUUGUUGUUGUUGUUGGUGGUUGUUCAAGCUGGAAUUGUCUUUCUUUUCUUGAAGAAGAAAAAGAACAGAAGGUCUGGGUUCUUAAGAGGGUUGAAUGAUGAAGGUCCAGGGCAUGUGGGGUUUAUGUCUAGUUCUUCUGGUGAUAAUGUUCGUGUAUGCUGUAAUUGGAGAAGCUCAGAUAGCAUCUUUUCUGAUAAAUUGUGGUACAAAUUCAACUGUUAAUGUGGAUGGUAGGAGAUGGGUUGGUGACUCGAACCCUGGCAACAAUGUCACCCUGAGUUCUCCUAGUAUUGAGGCCUCCACCGCCACCUUCAAUGGAGACUCGUUCUAUUCACCACUCUAUAAAACUGCAAGAAUUUUUAGUGAUAGUCUGAAUUAUACAAUUCAGGGAACUCCGGGAAAUUAUUUUCUUAGGCUUCAUCUCUAUCCCUUCUCCUUUGAGAAAUACAAUGUCAAUGAUUCUUCUUUUGCGGUUGAGGCCAAUGGCCUGACAUUGGUUUCAGAGUUCAAUGUCCCUGGUGAAAUUUUGCACAAGAAUACAUAUCUGCAAAAUUCAGGAGGCAAUUCAAGUUUGUCUUUUUUGCUGAAGGAAUUUUUCUUCACUACUAAUGCCAAUAGCAUUGUUCUCGAGUUCCAUCCAACUAAAGGGUCCUUUGGGUUUAUUAAUGCGAUAGAAAUUGUCCCGGUUGAUGAUAAGCUGUUUGUUGACUCUGUAAACAAAGUGGGUGGAAAUGGUGGAAAUAGUUCUCUGAAUUUAGGCAGACGGGGGGUUGAGACUAUGUACAGAUUAAAUGUCGGGGGUGCAUUGAUCAAACCUGCACAGGAUCUGGAUCUUAGGAGAGUUUGGGAAGUGGAUUCAAGUUAUAUGAUCACUGCAGAUGCUGGGUCAGGAAUCAGAAACAGUUCUAACAUUACUUAUGCUUCCCCUAAUGACACCUCGGUGGCUCCGCUUCUGGUGUAUGAAACAGCAAGAACUAUGUCCAACACUCAAGUCAUGGAGAAGAGGUUCAACAUGUCAUGGAAAUUUGAAGUGGAUCCUGAUUUUGAUUAUCUAGUUCGUUUACAUUUUUGUGAGCUUGUUUAUGAUAGGGCAAAUCAAAGGACCUUCCGAAUCUACAUAAAUAAUCGGACUGCAGCAAACAACUUUGACAUUUUUGUGCGAGCAGGAGGAAUGAACAAGGCAUAUCAUCAGGAUUAUUUUGACAUGGUGUCGUCAGACAUCAGCACUCUUUGGAUACAACUGGGCCCUGACACCACAACCAGUGCUGCUGAAACUGAUGCUCUCUUGAAUGGUUUGGAGAUAUUCAAGCUGAGUAGAAAUGGGAAUCUUGCUCAUUUACGGCCAUACGGGAAUCUGGGAGAGCAUAAAACUUCAAAGGGUGUAAUCUUUUGGUUGGGAAUCGGAGCAGGUGUGGCUUCUGUUGUCGUUCUCACAGCUGUAGUUAUUAUGAUUGUUUGUUUCUGCAAAAAGCGCAGAAAUAAACAGAAUGACACCAAGGAGAACCUGCCAGGAUGGCGGUCUUUGUUCCUUCUUGGGGCUGCUACAAAUAGUACUGCUAAUGCCAAGGCAUCAACAGAAAAUCAAAAUCCAUAUGGGUCUGUGGCCACUGUUAGAUCUCGCAGACGCUUUACAUUGGCAGAUAUUAGAUCAGCUACCAAUAACUUUGAUGAAGGUUUAGUGAUUGGAGUAGGAGGAUUUGGUAAGGUGUUCAAAGGGGAGAUUGAAGGUGGCACUCUUGCAGCGAUUAAGCGAGCCAACCCCCAAUCGCAGCAAGGCCUAGCUGAAUUUGAAACAGAGAUUGAGAUGCUUUCAAAGCUAAGGCAUAGGCAUCUGGUCUCCAUGAUUGGGUUCUGCGACGAACAGAAUGAAAUGAUUUUGGUAUAUGAGUAUAUGGCUAAUGGGACACUUCGGAGUCAUCUCUUCGGGAGUGACCUUCCACCACUAAGUUGGAAGCAACGAUUAGACGUGUGCAUUGGUGCUGCUCGAGGAUUGCAUUACCUUCAUACAGGAUCAGAGCGGGGAAUCAUCCACAGGGAUGUGAAGACAACAAACAUAUUGUUAGAUGAGGAUUUUGUGGCCAAAAUGGCUGAUUUUGGGCUGUCAAAAACUGGUCCUUCUCUGGAGCAUACACAUGUUAGUACCGCAGUAAAAGGAAGCUUUGGAUAUCUUGACCCAGAAUAUUUCAGACGGCAGCAGUUGACAGAGAAAUCCGAUGUUUACUCAUUUGGUGUGGUGUUGUUUGAAGUUGUCUGUGCACGAGCUGUCAUUAAUCCAAGCCUGCCAAAAGAUCAGAUCAAUCUUGCAGAAUGGGCAAUGCGUUGGCAGCGGCAGAGAUCACUUGAAACCAUUAUAGACCCCCAACUCCAAGGGAACUAUUCUCCAGAAUCAUUUAUGAGAUUUGGGGAAAUUGCAGAAAAAUGUCUUGCUGAUGAGGGUAAGAGCCGGCCAACAAUGGGGGAAGUUCUGUGGCACUUGGAGUAUGUCUUACAAGUUCAUGAAGCUUGGUUGCAUGGCAACGCUGGAGAAAACUCCUUUUCUAGCAGUCAGGCUUUGAGGACUCUUGCGGACAGACAAGCUGAGGCACAGGAAGUUGCAAUUUCGAAUGUAGAGGCUUGUUCAGAACCAAAAGUGAAAAAGGAUGGUGAAUAUACACCUGGAACUGACAAAUCAGAUGCUCUGGUUGUUGGAGUCGACGAGUUUUCACAGCUGGUAAAGCCACAGGGAAGGUGAGAAUUGAGUGCUAGAGAUUUAUAAUCCAAGGCUGCGUGCAUCUAACCCACUCCAGACCGGGAGCUUCGUGGACUGGGCACGCCAGAUAUCCAUGCUGUUAUAGGCCUUAAAUUCUUUUAAAUGUUUUCUUUCUCAAGUUCAUUAAAACUUGAAUUCCCUGUUAUGUUACUCAAGUAAAAAAAAGAAAGUGGGGGUGUGGAGUAUCUAGGGUGCAUGGCAAUGUCUCCAUUAAUUGUGAUUUUUCUCUUUAUUUAGCUCUGUGAUUUUGUUUAUUGGGGUUCUUCCUUGGCUCACUAAUUUUCUUUUAUUCUUUUGAGGUUUGGGUGCGAUUGCAAUAAAAUGAUACGUUUACUUCCAGG